GCGGCGGAGAGGCGGACUGAUGACAGCUGUCAGUGCGGACAAAAACACUACCAAUCUCUGAAGAGAAGCUGAAUGGCUUUCCCUUAAAACCGCCAGGGGCAAAGGGACAACUCCUCUGCGGUGUCGUGGGUCAUUUAAAGGUGUUGCGAAGGUAUUUGCCUACAGUGCUGUGUAUUUUCUGGCUGUGCACAUAAUCGGUGGAGCUACAGUUGCAGAGGCAACAUGGGGACACAAGGCUCUGGAAGAAAGCGUGCCCCUCUUAAAGAUCGAUUCUCAGCAGAGGAUGAGGCCUUGAGUAGCAUUGCCCGGGAGGCGGAGGCCAGGCUGGCAGCGAAGAGGGCAGCUCGGGCGGAGGCCAGGGAUAUUCGAAUGAGGGAACUGGAACGGCAGCAGAAAGAGCUUUCUUACCGCUCAUCAGGCAGCAGUAGCAGCAAAAAAUGGGGUCAGAUCCACCAGUGGAUGGCUGACACAGAAAAAGCCAGAUCCUCUAGUAGUAGUCGCUCCAGCAGCCGUCUCCAGCGGGGGCUGGAUGAUGAUGUCAUGUCAGUCCGCAGCUACAGGUCGACCUCAUCAGCUAUACGUGACUUGGGCUCUAGCAGCAGUCGAUCCAGUUCCCGUAGAAAAGGCGGUUUGUCCGAUAGCCUCUCCACCAUCUCCACCCUCAAGACUUCCCGCUCCACUAGUUCUGUGUACAAUGACCUGCAUGGGUAUAAAAAGACUUCAUCCAGCUCCUCCAAGAAGGACCUGCUGACUGGACUGUACCACGAUCAAAGGAAUUACAGCACCCUAACGAAGACCAAACCAACGCCUUCUUCCACCUCUUCCACCUAUCAGCCACGGGCCACCACCUCCUCAUCCUCCACCAUUGGCACGGGUCUGCCCCGCAGCUACAGCAUGGCCUCUAUUUACGACGACGCCAGCAUUUACGGCUCAGGCCACAGUUCAAGAGCCCCCUCUGAAUACAGCUGGUACUCCUCUGGAGCCAGCUCCACUCGCAGCAGCCCUGCGUCUUCCUCAGAUGAUGACACUGUCAGCAGCGUGUCCCAGGACCGCUUCAGACGAGGCCGCAGGGACAGUGCGUCGUCUGACUUCUCGGACAUUAGUGAGUCGGCUGCUGAUUAUUUCAGCCGCUCCAACCGAAGGGGCAGUAUUGUGUCCGAUCUCGAUGAUUUGAGCAUCCCAGAUCUGGACGCUCUGGAUGAAAAAUGUGACAAGCAGUAUACAGAUUAUAGUCGGCCGUCUUCCCGCUGUGCCACCCCAGGCCUCUCAGCAGCCACCUUGGCAUCACUGGGCGGCACCUCGUCACGACGGGGCAGCACAGACACCGGCAGCGUCUAUGACCCCGACACCAGUCUGAGUGAACUUAGGGAUAUCUAUGAACUAAAGGACCAGAUUCAGGAUGUAGAGGGGCGAUACAUGCAAGGGCUUAAAGAGCUGAAGGAGUCACUCGUAGAGGUGGAGGAGAAGUAUAAGAAAGCCAUGGUAUCGAACGCACAGUUGGACAACGACAAAGCCAACCUCAUCUACCAAGUGGACACACUAAAGGACGUCAUAGAGGAGAUGGAGGAGCAAAUGUCAGAGAUGAAAAGGGAGCUGCAAGAUAAGUCGAAGGAACUAGAAAGACAAAAGCACACGUGUUCAGUUCUGCAGCAUAAACAAGAAGAACUGAAAGAGGGAAUCCGUCAGAGAGAUGAGCUUAUAGAGGAGAGCCAGCGAAUGCAGACUAAGUUAGAUGCCCUCACCAGGGAGGUGUUUGACCUGCAGGAAACGAUAAACUGGAAGGACAAAAAGAUUGGGGCACUAGAGAGGCAGAAAGAGUACUUUGAUUGCAUUAGGAAUGAGAGAGAUGAGCUCAGAGAUGAGCUCGCUGACAUCAAGGGGAAGGCCAAAGCAGGAGAGAAACACGGGCUGGUCAUCAUCCCAGACGGCACACCAAACGGAGAUGUCAACCAUGAGCCUCUGUCCUCAGGGAUCACUGUGGUCUCCCAGGAGGCCGCCCAGGUGCUGGAGUCAGCAGGAGAGGGCCCGCUGGAUGUCAGGCUACGGAAGUUGGCAGAGGAGAAGGAUGAGCUGCUGGCUCAGAUCAGGAAGCUGAAGAAUCAGAUGGAGGAAGAGAGACAGAAACACUCAAAGAUGGACAGUGCGUACACAGACGGGGAGAAGAUGGAAAACGGUACAGACCUACACCUUAUUGAGAUGCAGAGAGAUGCCAACAGACAGAUUAGUGAAUACAAGUUCAAACUUUCUAAGGCAGAACAGGAAAUAGGUACAAUGGAACAAAAUAUUAGCAGACUUGAAGGGCAAGUGUCCAGGUACAAAUCUUCAGCAGACAACUCAGAGAAAAUAGAAGAUGAACUAAAAGCAGAAAAGAGGAAACUACAAAGAGAGCUGCGCACAUCUCUAGACAAGAUCGAGGAGAUGGAGAUGACCAACAACCACCUAGUAAAGCGCCUUGAAAAGAUGAAGGCCAACAGGAACGCACUUCUGUCACAGCAGUGAGGCAAGGCAGCAUCACCACAGAAGCCCUUAAACUCGCACCUCAGACCUCUGACUGCCAUAUUGCGCCUGGAGCACAUUUCCUUUUUUUUUUUUUUUUUUUCAGCUGUAACACUUUAAGAUUUGUAGCUAACCAAAAAACACUUACAAAACUUGUAGCACAGGCAAAAAAACGGAACUGUCUUUUUUUUUUUCUUUUUUUUUUAAACAGGAAGUUUGUUUCGUCUGGCAAGCCGCCGGUAUUUUCAGUGGAAUGACUCAGAAACUUAACUAAUAAAACUAUAAAGUUGCUGGGAGAUAAACCUGAGGAAAUUUCUCUAGUCACUACUUAAUUUUUUCAGAGCUUUGUACUACAUCAUGUUAUCCACAAGAUUUUAUUUCUCUGGCUGGGUGCUUGGCUGUAUUUAGUUUUGUUUUUUUUCGUUGUUUUUUUGUUGUUGUUGUUUUGUUUUUUUUGAUAUGUUGCAUGAAUGAGUAUAAUGAUGCUUUUAAACUAUUCAACCCUCACGGCUGCUCCUCAUGGCCCCUGCACCUUCCCAGCUUCCCCUUACACAGUGAAGUGCCUUUUCACACUAUUCACACUAGGAGACUGGGGAUCUGCACCGCUCGACGAAACAAUAAUCGUUUUAACAGGUACAGAAUGAUGUAUUUAAAAAAAAAAAGGUGCAGUCAUCGUUUGAAAAUAUAUAGAACCAACUGUGUCUGCUGCGGUUUCAUUGAAAUGUUUCAAAUAUUUAAAAGAUUUCUUGAAAAUAAAUGUGUAAUUUACAGAACUA